GGAACAUCUAGCACUCCUCACUCAUCUUUGCUCUCGCUCACCUUACGUCGCUGUAUCAACGCUUUCUACAAGCAAAGAAACCACACGUACACAUCGGUCAUCAGUCACGUAAUAGCGAAAUGAGGCGGAGAAUGAGUGAGAGAGACAUCACAACAUUGAAUAGCCAACUAGUGGUUGCUGUAAGGAAUAACAAAGGUGAUGAGGUUGACAGAUUGUUGAGUCAAGGAGCUUCACCGAAUGCUUGUGAUGAAUAUAGAUUGCCUGUACUGGUGGAUGCUUGUUUACAUCGCUCCUAUUCUGUAUGUAAGCUGCUAGUGAAGAGAGGGGCAGAUGUGAACAAAACUACUUCUUUGGUAAGUGUUGAGAGUGAAUGAAUGAAUGAAGAGAAUGAGAUUUAAAUGAUGUGAUGAGAUUUGUGAUAGGAUGGAUAUUACA